UGUCAAGAUUUCAACGUGCCGUCCCUUCUUUCUUUUUACGAAGUACGUUCGCGAAGACGUGUGUAAAGUUCACCACAAUUCUUUUAAAAAAGGUGCAACAAAAUGUCGACCGCUACAAUUCGUACCCGUCGGUUUAUGACUAACCGCUUGCUGUGCCGGAAACAAAUGAUCUGCGAUGUCCUGCACCCCGGGCUGGCCUCGGUGCCCAAGAAGGAAAUUCGUGACAAGCUGGCCGCUAUGUACAAAACUACCCCUGAUGUAGUGUUUGUUUUCGGUUUCCGUACCAACUUCGGUGGCGGUAAAUCGACCGGAUUCGGACUGAUCUACGAUACGCUGGACUACGCGAAGAAAUUCGAACCCAAGCACCGACUGGGUCGCCACGGAUUGUUCGAGAAGAAGAAGAUGACCCGCAAGCAGCGAAAGGAACGCAAGAACCGUAUGAAGAAGGUGCGCGGAACCAAGAAGGCCAAGGUUGGACAGGCCGUCAAGAAGUAAACCGUGAAUCGUUUUUUCGAGGUUGCUGGGUGGGGUUCAUUCCAUCGAAUGACAUAAAUAUACAUUAUGGCUUAAGACAUCGA